AAGUAGCUUUUUUUUUAAAAAAAAAUUGCCUAAUUUUUAAUGGUCCUAAUUUUGCUUGCCUUCUAAAGGAAAGUAUAUUUGAAUUCAAUUUUGGCAAAAAAUUUUGAUCUCUACGAAUGGGAAUUCCAUUUUUUAUUGCUAGCACACCUGCUAUGUCGGCCAUUGCUGUAAUUUCCUGAAAGCUCGGUGGCGUGUUCCCGAAAUUCCGCUUUCAGUCAAAGUUUUACCACCAUGGCUGAGCCGGACAUGGAUAAUAAAGCCGUCAAAGAAGUUUCCGACUACGUUUCUAGACGGAAACUAGUCAUCGAUGGAGAGGGACACCUCAAAGGACGCUUGGCCUCAGUUGUGGCCAAAGCUCUUCUUCUAGGUCGAGUGGUUGUUGUUUACAACUGUGACAAAAUCUGUAUCACAGGAAAGUUUAAGAGGAGUAAACUGAAAUGGUUCAAAUUUUGGGGUCAGAGGUGUAAUGUCAACCCAGCCAGAGGUCCAUUCCACUACAGAGCUCCAAAAGCUAUUUUCUACCGAUGCGUCAGAGGUAUGGUGCCACGUAAAACGCUGCGUGGACGUAAAGCCAUCCGAAACCUGAAAGUUUAUGAAGGUAUUCCACCUAAGUAUGCCAAGACCACAUCUUUGGUUGUUCCCUGUGCUAUGAGGGUACUUAAUUGCAGACCUGACUACAAAUGGCACACAAUUGGAAAACUUUCCUCUGAUGUUGGUUGGAAGUAUGGUCCUGUCAUCAACAAGUUGAAUAGGAAACGCGAAGAGAAGGAGAGAAUUGCUCUUAAGAAGAAACUGAAGAUUAAGCAACUCAAGUACAUUUCCCGCGUCCAGACACGUCGCGAUACUUCCAAAUUGGAGAAAAAGAUCCGCAAAACAAUUAAUCAAGCACACUUCAAAACUUUUGACCAAGGCUACACACUGAAACCAGCCGCUAAGCCCAAACCCAAGAAGACAAAAGCAUCGAAAGCUGCUCCAAAAAUAGCAGCAAAAUAGAGCUCUGACUUUGUUAUCUAUCUUUAAGUUUUAUAACUUUGAUCCAUAAAAUUUUGUAAAUUAUUUCAA